GCUAGUUCCAUAGCCAUGCCGUACUAGAUCCCACGCAGGUUGGCGCCCCGCGGCCUUAGUGUAUAGAUGCAGCCUGAAGAAAUGAAACGGAGACAUUUGGCGACCUUUAGGGAAGCUCGGGGGAUUUCGCCUUCGACGGGAGUCUCUUGUCGCCAUUUUUGUUGUUGGCAAGGGAAACGGUUUGGCCUACCAGAAUGCUUUGCGGCCGGAUCACGUGACAAAUACAGCUACAGUCACAGACAGACUCCAGAGAGCUAAGGGAGGGAGAGGGAGCUGCGCGGCCAAGGUCUGGCAGGUCGAUGUCAAUAUUAGAGAAGAAUAAUGCCUAUCCGUGGACUGUGGAUCUUCUAUCACCGGCCAGGGGGACGAGGAGAAGUAAAGUUCUCAAGGCAUUACCCUACAGUGGAGAAACGAGCCAAGGCCUUCAACAGGGCAAGCUAUGUGAACAUCCCGGAAGAUGUAGACCUCUUAAAAGCAUUGCUCCAUGAACUUGGACUGACAAACGAGGAGAAAAACUUUGUGGAAUACAGAGAUAACUGCGCCAGGAUCAGUAAAACAAAUGUAUACUCCCUGGUGGUUUCUGAAGGAAGCCUCUGGCCUGUCCUGGCCAUUCAGAGUGGUGACUUUAUCUACGUAUGUCUUCCUCUGGUGGAGCAGCUACUGACGCCUGUCCCACCACUUAUUAAUGUUAGUAGUAUCUCUGAAGCAUUUUCCCUUUUAUCUGGAAUUAUGCAGUUUGUGAAUUCCGGACACAACGCGGAGGCGGAUGUUUCCUCUAGGCUCACCCAGCUUCCACUUCUGGUGACACAGGCCUGUCCGCUAGGCUCUCCACUGGACACUGACUUUUUUGCAUUGCCUGAUAAUCUAAGCAACGCAUCUGCGAACCAGUCUUAUAAAUCUCCGGCGUGGAAGACCAGCAAACAAAAAGGCAAAGCUCAAAUUGAAGUUUAUAUCACAGAAAAAGUGAAUUCCACACAGUAUGACAAAGGGGAUGAUAGUGACACGUGGCAGGUGCAUGGGACAGUGUCCUGCAAGUGUAAUUUGGAAACAAUCAGCCCAAAUGUAAUAGUCGGCUUGAAUCUUCCUGCCAAUGGCUCCCCCCUUCAGGAUAUCCUGGUCCAUCCCUGUGUGACUUCCAUUGACUCUUCCAUGCUGAUCUCAAGCAGUGUGGCUGCGACAGACGAUUCUGCUUUCAACGGGCCCUACAAAUUUCCAUUCAUUCCGCCCUUUGAUUUGUUUCAAUUGUGUUACUACACAUCCCAGGUACCUGUGCCUCCCAUAUUAGGUUUUUACCAGUUGACAGAUGAUGGACAUCAGGUACAGAUAUCGGUUAAACUAAAGCUUCACGAGAGCAUAAAGAAUGGGUUUGAUUACUGUGAAGCACAAAUACCCUUUUUCAACAAAGGCCAGAUAAAGCAUUUUGAAUAUAAAGUAAGCCACGGGCAUCUUGAAUUAUCAAGAGAGAAGAGUCUUGUAGUUUGGGUGAUAGGCCAGAAGUUUCCCAAAUCCUUAGAGAUUUCCUUGUCAGGAACUGUGACUUUUCUAUCGGAGAAACACCUGAACGACCCAGUGGAUCCCAUUUGUGUUGGAAACACUGCUUAUGUCAAACUUUUAUUUAGGAUUCCUGACUACAGCCUAACGGGAUGUUACACCGACCAGCACUCUGUCCAAGUCUUCUCAACGGCAAAGCCAAAAAUCCUUACCUCACGAGAGCUCAUCUCAGCAGACUACUUCUUAUGGAACUCCAAGGCGCCGGCACCUAUCGUAUGCAGAUCGUUCUUUGAUUAGUGACCAACAGUGAUUUGUAAAUUGUGAAGAUGGAUGACCAAUCAAAAGCACUUUACCUCACUUAUUUCUAUCAUUUCACAUAUUUAAAUGUUAAGAAUCUGUACGAUUGAAUAUUUGCUUUUGGUGACCAUUGUCCAAACUUCAAAAAAUAAUGAAUCUAAUGGAAAUUACAUCAUUGUCUCAA